CCAUUCGUGUUGCUGCAAAUGGCAGAAUUUCUUUCUUUAUGGCCUAGUAUUCCAUUGUGUAUGUGUGUAGCACAUCUUUACCAAUUCCUCCAUCAAUGGACAUUCACGUUGGCUGCAGUGAACAUAGGGGUGCAUCCAUUUUUUUCAAAUUAAUGUUUUCAUUUCAUUUGGAUAGGUACCCAGCAGUGGAAUACCUGGAUCACAUGGUAGCUCUCGAACUCCCCCUUACUGUUUUCCAUAGUGGCUAUACCAAUUUAGGUCCCAUCAACUGUGCAUGAGGGUUCCUUUUUCUUCACAUCCUAGCCAACACUAGUUGUUUUUUUGAUAGAGAACCCUAGUUAAUUACUAUUCACAUUACUGCCUCCAGUUUUGUUGACACUGUCCCAUCUCCACAAGCUGUCUGGCACCAGGUACCAAAGAGGCUGCCCAACUGGGGCAUUGGCUGCCUUUGGCUCCAAGUAGGAAUUGCAAGGCAAACAGCAGGUGGUAAGCUUGCCCUCUCAAACUCUAUCACUGGCAAGAUGGCUUACUUGGCCGACCAGAGGUAGAUGGAGCUAGUGAGUCCGUGCCCACCCACCACCAAAGAAUCCUGCAGGGAGCCGGGUAUGGGGAACCUAGCAGCUGCCAGCCUACCGCUGGGCAACUUUUGUGGCUGACUCGAGGUCUACAAGGAUUUGCAUUGCAACUCGUAGCAAUACAUACAUUAGUGUGGGGAAGCCCCCCAGAUACAUCAUCAGGUCCCAACUUUGCCAAAAACCAUCUUUAUUGUCUCCCACUACUCGUUCUCCCUUAUAAUCAAGAACACUUAUAACUUGCGCAGUUUUGUUAUGGGAGAAGGUUCAAUUCGCAUGCAGCCUGGUUAUUGGAAAUGGUUGGAAAAUAUUUUGGACACUAGUGGGAAGUCGCAGAACUGUACCAGAGCUGGGACCCAGGACCACACUACAUUCAGAGAUUACGUAACCAGGACUCCGCCUCCGGGUCAGCGACUAAGCCCAAACCUCGCAGGUUCUAAACUCGCCCCGCGCCCCCUGGUGCGCACACUCAGUCCCACCCUGCUAGAGUACCACCCACUUGGGUCCUCCGGCCCCAGCGGGUGUGCUCAUGGGGGAAACUGAGGCAGGGGACGUGCUUGUGAGUUUGUUCUUUCCUUAGUUCACAACCCAGGGCCCACAAAGUUGCUUCCCCCUCCUCAGAUCCGCAGGAUAAAACAGCAGGGAAAAACGAGAGGAAGGGGAGGGGGCCAAAAUCAAGCAGGGACUGAGGACCGGCCGGACUUGCCACACUCAAGAUGGCGGCACGACAGCGGCGAAGUCCCUCAAAGGCGGUACCGACGCAUGCGCAGCGCGGAGUCCCGGCCCGGGACACAAGAUGGCGGGAGCGGCACUGGGGAGGGCGAGGCGGAGGCGGCAAAACGGGCGGCCGAGCAGAACGUAUAGCCGCGUCCCCUCGAGUCCGCUUCGGGCAGUUGCUGAUGAAAGGAAUUCCCUGGGCCCUCAUCCACUCCACUGCUGACCAGCCCACCCACCUGUGCUGAACCUUCCUACAGGCCUUCCCCCUGCCUCUGUGGGACCCCGUGCCGUGGGGGUCCAUCCAGCCGGAGAAGAAAACACUCUCAUGCUAGCAUUGCAGACCCCGGAGGGUGAGAAAAAGAGGGACCUCGUUCAGCCUUGAUACCUAUGGGCUCAGCCCCAAGGCACCGGGAACCCCUCAUCCCUAAAGAACCAAGGCAGCUACAGCUUUUUCUCCCCUUGGUGCUUUGUAAAUACUUGCAGAGUGACCGGAGCUCCCGUCGGGUCCAGGUGCCUUGGUCCGGUGUGGGUGCUGAGAUGGCCAAUGAGAAUCACGGCAGCCCCCGGGAGGAAGCGUCCUUGCUGAGUCACUCCCCGGGCACCUCCAAUCAGAGCCAGCCCUGCUCUCCAAAGCCCAUCCGCCUGGUGCAGGACCUCCCAGAGGAGCUGGUGCAUGCGGGCUGGGAGAAGUGCUGGAGCAGGAGGGAGAACCGUCCCUACUACUUCAACCGAUUCACCAACCAGUCCCUCUGGGAGAUGCCCGUGCUGGGCCAGCAUGACGUGAUUUCGGACCCUUUAGGGCUGAAUGCGACCCCACUGCCCCAAGACUCAAGCUUGGUGGAAACCCCCCUUGCUGAGAGCAGGCCCCGAAAGCAGCAGCUCACAGAAGAGCAGCCAAGUGGCAAUGGUGUGAAGAAGCCUAAGAUUGAAAUCCCUGUGACACCCACAGGCCCAUCGGUGCCCAGCUCCCCCAAUGUCCCAGGAACCCCAACACUGAAGAUUUGGGGGACAUCCUCUGAAGAUAAACAGCAGGCAGCUCUCCUCCGACCCACUGAGGUGUACUGGGAUCUAGACAUUCAGACCAAUGCUGUCAUCAAGCACCGGGGACCUUCGGAGGUGCUGCCCCCGCAUCCCGAGGUGGAGCUGCUCCGCUCCCAGCUCAUUCUGAAGCUUCGGCAGCACUACCGGGAGCUGUGCCAGCAGCGAGAGGGCAUUGAGCCCCCUCGGGAAUCUUUCAACCGCUGGAUGCUGGAACGCAAGGUCGUGGACAAAGGCUCUGACCCCCUGUUGCCAAGCAACUGUGAACCAGUUGUAUCGCCUUCCAUGUUUCGAGAAAUCAUGAAUGACAUUCCCAUCAGGUUAUCCCGAAUCAAGUUCCGGGAGGAAGCCAAGCGCCUGCUCUUUAAAUAUGCAGAGGCUGCCAGGCGACUCAUCGAGUCCAGGAGUGCAUCCCCUGACAGCAGGAAGGUGGUCAAGUGGAACGUGGAGGACACUUUCAGCUGGCUGCGGAAGGACCACUCAGCCUCCAAGGAGGACUACAUGGAUCGCCUGGAGCAUCUGCGGAAGCAGUGUGGUCCCCACGUCUCGGCUGCGGCCAAGGACUCUGUGGAAGGCAUCUGCAGUAAGAUCUACCACAUCUCCCUGGAGUAUGUCAGAAGGAUCCGAGAGAAGCACCUUGCCAUCCUCAAGGAAAACAACAUCUCAGAGGAGGUGGAGGCCCCAGAGGUAGAGCCCCGGCUGGUGUACUGCUACCCAGUACGGCUGGCGGUGUCUGCGCCCCCCAUGCCCAGCGUGGAGAUGCAUAUGGAGAAUAAUGUGGUCUGCAUCCGGUAUAAGGGGGAGAUGGUCAAGGUCAGCCGCAACUACUUCAGCAAGCUGUGGCUCCUUUACCGCUACAGCUGCAUUGACGACUCUGCCUUUGAGAGGUUCCUGCCCCGAGUCUGGUGUCUUCUUCGACGGUACCAGAUGAUGUUUGGCGUGGGCCUCUACGAGGGGACAGGCCUGCAGGGAUCACUGCCGGUGCAUGUCUUCGAGGUCCUCCACCGACUCUUUGGUGUCAGCUUCGAGUGCUUCGCCUCGCCCCUCAACUGCUACUUCCGCCAGUACUGCUCUGCCUUCCCUGAUACAGACGGCUACUUUGGCUCCCGCGGGCCCUGCCUGGACUUCUCCCCGCUGAGUGGUUCCUUUGAGGCCAACCCUCCGUUCUGCGAGGAGCUCAUGGAUGCCAUGGUUUCUCACUUCGAGAAACUGCUGGAGAGCUCACCAGAGCCCCUGUCCUUCAUCGUGUUCAUCCCUGAGUGGCGGGAACCCCCGACACCGGUGCUCACCCGCAUGGAGCAGAGCCGCUUCAAACGCCACCAGCUGGUCCUGCCUGCCUUCGAGCAUGAGUACCGCAGUGGGUCCCAGCACAUCUGCAAGAAGGAGGAAAUGCACUACAAGGCCGUCCACAACACAGCCGUGCUCUUCCUGCAGAAUGACCCUGGCUUUGCCAAGUGGGGUCCGACACCUGAGCGGCUACAGGAGCUGAGCACCGCCUACCGGCAGUCAGGCCGAAGCCAUGGCUCCAGCUCCUCAUCAUCCUCCUCGGAGGCCAAGGACCGAGACUCAGGCCGAGAGCAGGGCCCCAGCCGCGAGCCUCACCCCACUUAACACAUCCUGCGGGGAGGAGGAGCCCCAGGGUGCUGGUAUGGACUGCUGGGACUCAGGGCUCUUGGGGCUGAGCAGACCCCAGGAUCCUCCUGGGGUGGCAGCAGGACUCAGACUGCCAAUGACAUAGGAAAAUUAUGGCUCUGCCAGGGCUCCCCCUCCCUGCCCCCAUCCUGGACUUCCCACCUCAAACUCCCUCCAAGUCCCCUGUAAAUAGGCCCCAUGUCCUCCCUCCCCCACUCCCAUCCUUUGCCACCUUGUUUCAUUUGUAAAAGGAAAUACAGAAACCCCCUCCGCAA